AUGGCUGUCGGCUCGUGCGACGAAGUUCUCUUUGCGCGUGUGCUUGCCCUCCUUGGCGGGGACGCGGCGACAGCGAGGUCUAUAUGCGGGGCACCCGAUGUGGCGAUACUGGGGGCGGACGGCGCUGUGACGCGCUGGAUGGUGGGCCAAUGGCGGACGACCCAGCAGGCGUUACAGCAGGUGCAAAACGGUCUCAAUGUCAGCUUUGUGCUGACGUCAGCCUACCAGAUCUUCGUAAUGCAACUCGGCUUUGCGCUAUUUGCUGCUGGUGUGGUGCGCCCCAAAAACAUUGUGGCCAUCUUUCUGAAGAACUUAUUCGACACUUGCAUCGCGGGCAUUGUCUUUUACCUGGUGGGGUACGCCUUCGCGUUCGGGGCCAAGGACGGCGACGCCAACGGCUUUAUUGGGAACUGGAACUUCGCGCUGAGCUCUUCAGGGGCCGGCGCGGGUCGUAGCGGAGAUGGGCCGCAGCCGUGGCACCUCUUCGUGUGGAACUGGUCCUUCUGCUCGGCAGCUACGACCAUUUUGUCAGGGUCUAUCGCAGAACGAGGUACCUUUGUGGCGUACAGCAUCUACGCGGCUGUGAUGCCUUCGUGGGUCUAUCCCGUGGUGGCGCACUGGCUUUGGUCCCCUUUUGGUUGGCUGAGCGUGCGAAAUGGGCCGAACCGCAUCUUGGGCAUCGGUGCAAUCGACUACGCCGGGUCAGGGGUGGUACAUCUGGUGGGCGGUACCGCGGCGCUUGUCGGCUCUUUCAUGGUGGGCCCACGGGUCGGUCGUUUCGGUGGCGACGGCAUCUCCCCGCAAGUAUAUCGCGCCACCGCCGCACCCCAGCUAUACCUCAUGGGCACCUUACUGCUGUGGUUUGGGUGGUACGGCUUCAACCCGGGGUCUCGUCUUCAGAUUGCGGAUGAUGUGUCGUCGAUGGUAGUGGGCCGUACAGCCGUCGUCACGACACUGUCCGCAUGCGCCGGCGCGCUAACCGGCCUGCUGCUGUCGUACACCCGGCACAAGGUCUGGGACCUCCUUUCCACCUGCGUUGGGGCGCUGGCGGGACUUGUAUCCGUCACUUCGGGCUGCUCCGUACUCGAACCCUGGGCCGCCAUCAUCUGCGGCAUUAUCGCGACCUUUGUGUGCGAGGCGGGUGACGAUUUAUUGGAGCGGUUUAAGAUCGACGACCCCGUGUCGGCUUUCCCGCUCCACGGUCUGGGCGGCGCCUGGGGUCUGAUCUUCACGGGCCUUAUGGCCAAGGAAUCCUAUAUCCAGCAGGUGUACGGCGUAGCACCGGGCGGGCACCGCAUGGGAUUGUUCUACGGCGGUCAUGCCCAGCUGCUGCUGUGCCAGUCCAUAGCGGUGGCGGUCAUCGCGGGCUGGACCCUAACCAACAUGAUAGUGCUGUUCUACGUACUCAAGCGCGCACGUAUCCUGCGAGUACCCGCGGACAAGGAGGUGGCCGGAAUGGACCUCACGGAGUGCGGCCAGUUCAACGCCAGAGGGGCCGUGCACCUGCAAAGCUCUAAACUGUUGACCAUGAAAGGCGACAUCCUCCUGUCUGCAUUCUCUGUGGAAAGGCGAAUCAACGGCAUCACAGGAUUCGAUGUUUCCUUAAGAAACAGGUCAACCUCACACGCACACGCGGGGCUGAUUAUGGCCUGUGUACCCGCCGACGGCACCGCCGCCGUCGUCACCAGCGCCACCGCCGCUGGUGGCAGCGCCGCCGCUGUCGCCAUUGCAAGCGACGCCAGCGCCGCCGGUAUCAGCACCAUCAACAGCUGCGGUUGCGCAGAUGCAGUCGGCGACUGUGGUGGUACCGUCAACGCCGCAGCUGCACUGAUGGUUACGGAUGCUCCUCCGCCAACACCAGAUCGGGAUGGAUCUGUCCAUGUGAGUUGUUGCAGCAAUGCAAUGUGCCGAACUGGCUGA